GGCAUAAUUGCCGCGGAAGUCGACAACGGUCAACCUUCGUGGAAGAUCCUAAUAUCAUGUGGGCUAAACUCGGUGAUGGCGUAUACCUGGGUUCAUCUAUGUAUCUGCGGCCCGAGGAAUGAUGGUGAGAUGUUUCUCACUAUUGCGGCGAAAGGACUUCAUGGGCGGGUGCAAUGAGACUCGUGUUUGCCUCAUAGACGGACUGGUCACGAGUCUAGGGCUCUAUAUCUUGCCGGCAUCUUCCCUUGUCCAGUGUACAUGUCGUCUCACGGCGGGUCUGGAGAACAACCAAAGAAGUCGUCAAGCGGUACCGAAAUCAAUAGACAUUACAAAUGAUGCGGUGAAUGAAUACGUGGCAUACUGUCCAAUAAGAAAGAGAGCUCAGCUCUGACGAGCAGAGAUGCCGAAGGAAAAUCAAAGUUACCGCCGAUUUUGUUGGUCGGCCCAAAUAGGUUUUCCCGCAUCUGGAUUGCUCUGAGCAUCUAUUUGACGUUUUAUGAUUUGCUCUUGGACGAGUCUGGCUGCACGGUUUGCGUCGACCUUUCGCCGCAAAUCAGGUGACAUCGCGGCAUAUGUCUGUUCAGGUGUA